CAGGCAGAAAUGGCCCACACAUGUCGCGGGACCAUCAACCUGUCCACGGCUCAUAUCGAUACUGAGGACUCUUGUAACAUCGUGCUUUCCAACGGGGGAAGGACGUACCACUUAAAGGCGAACUCGGAAGUGGAGAGGCAGCGCUGGGUCACGGCCCUGGAGCUGGCCAAAGCGAAAGCCAUCCGCAUGAGGAACAACCAGUCAGAUGACUCGGGCGAUGAGGAGCCCGCCUCACAGUCAGACAAGAGCGAGCUGCACAGCACGUUGAAAACCCUCUCGAGUAAGCUGGAGGAUCUGAGCACUUGCAAUGACCUGAUCGCGAAGCACGGGGCGGCCCUGCAGCGCUCACUCAGCGAGCUGGAGAACCUGAAGCUGCCGGCCGAGAGCGGCGAGAAGAUCAAGGCGGUGAAUGAACGAGCCACGGUCUUUCGCCUCACAUCCAAUGGUGUUGUGAAUGCUUGCCGCAAUUUCCUGGACUUAGCCGAAACUCACAGCCGAAAAUGGCAGCGGGUGCUGCAGUAUGAGCGGGAGCAGAGGAUCCGGCUGGAGGAGACCAUCGAGCAGUUAGCCAAGCAGCACAACAGCUUGGAGCGAGCCUGCCGCGGAGCCCCCGGCCUGUCCUCCAGCAGCACUGGCAUCACCAGCACUGCCAAGGGGAGCGUGCAGUCCGCCAAAGGAGAGGCCAGUGAUGAAGAUGAAGAAACAGAGUAUUUUGAUGCCAUGGAGGAUGCACCAGCUUUUAUCACUGUAACUGCAGACCCCAAGCACCACAGGCGUUCGGGCAGUAACCUGAGUGGGGCCAGCGAGGGCCACCCUGAGGACUGGAACCUGGAGGACAGUGUCUUUGAAAGCUCAAAUCAAAGCAGCUACAAUGAGUCCACUUGCAAAGAUCUCCUGCCGAAGAAAAGGAGACGGACUCGCAUCCCUGACAAACCUAACUACAGCCUUAACCUCUGGAGCAUCAUGAAGAACUGCAUCGGCAAAGAGCUCUCCAAGAUCCCCAUGCCUGUAAACUUCAAUGAGCCGCUCUCAAUGCUGCAGAGGCUGACAGAGGACCUGGAGUACCACGAGCUGCUGGACAAAGCAGUCAAGUGCGAGAGCUCCACGGAGCAGAUGUGCUUCGUCGCUGCAUUUUCAGUGUCUUCCUACUCAACGACUGUCCACCGCACCGCAAAGCCAUUCAACCCGCUGCUGGGGGAAACCUAUGAGCUUGACCGGCUGGAGGAGUUUGGCUUCCGUUCCCUGUGUGAGCAGGUGAGCCACCACCCGCCGGCAGCUGCCCAUCACGUCUUCUCCAAGCGAGGAUGGACGUUGUGGCAGGAAAUCACGAUCGCCAGCAAGUUCAGGGGCAAAUACCUCUCCAUCAUGCCACUGGGCACCAUCCACCUCGAGUUUCAUUCCAGCGGGAAUCACUAUGUCUGGAGGAAAGUCACGUCCACCGUUCACAACAUCAUCGUGGGCAAGCUCUGGAUUGACCAGUCUGGUGAAAUAGAGAUUGUUAACCAUAAGUCAAAAGAUAAAUGCCAGCUGAAAUUUACCCCCUACAGCUACUUCUCCAGAGACGUCCCCCGAAAGGUGACGGGGGUGGUGAGUGACGCCGAUGGUAAAGCCCACUACGUCGUGUCCGGCACAUGGGACGAGAAGAUGGAGUGCUCCAAGAUAGUGCAGAGCAGCCAUGGCAGCACCAGCACGGAGGGCAAGCAGAAAACCGUCUACCAGACGCUGUCUCCAAAGGUCCUGUGGAAGAAGUACCCCCUCCCGGAGAACGCCGAGAACAUGUAUUUCUUCUCUGACCUGGCCCUCACCCUGAAUGAGCCCGAGGAGCGAGUGGCCCCCACGGACAGCCGGCUGCGACCCGACCAGCGGCUGAUGGAAAGCGGCCGCUGGGACGAGGCCAACGUGGAGAAGCAGCGGCUGGAGGAGAAGCAGCGAGCCGUGCGCCGGAGGCGAGAGGCCGAGGCCGUGGAAGCCCUGGAGGAAGGCAAGGACUACGAAGGCUAUAUCCCGCUGUGGUUUGAGCGCAAGGUGGAUGCCAUGACGGGGGAGCUGAUCUGUGUCUAUAAGGGCGGCUACUGGGAGGCCAAGGACAAGCAGGACUGGAGUAUGUGCCCCGACAUCUUCUGA